GGGCGUGCGCGAGCGGGAGCCGUGUCUGAGGCGCGGGGGCUGCUGGGAAGAAGGUUGUCCCGGGGGGCGGCUGAAGCUGAGGCGGCGGGUGCGGCAUCUCUACGUUGCUAAGACACUGGACACCAUUUUUUUCAUAGCAAGGAAAAUCUGAAUUCAUCCAACACUCAGGAUGGGGAAAGAUUAUUAUUCUAUCCUGGGAAUUGAAAAAGGGGCUUCUGACGAGGAUAUCAAAAAGGCUUACAGAAAGCAAGCACUGAAGUGGCAUCCAGAUAAGAACAAAUCUCCCCAUGCAGAGGAAAAAUUCAAAGAGAUUGCAGAAGCUUACGAAGUGCUGAGUGAUCCCAAAAAGAGAGACAUUUAUGAUCAGUUUGGGGAGGAAGGUCUGAAAGGAGGAGCUGGAGGACCUGAUGGGCAGGGUGGCACCUUCCGGUACUCCUUCCAUGGCGAUCCACAUGCUACAUUUGCAGCUUUCUUUGGUGGCACAAAUCCUUUUGAGAUCUUCUUUGGAAGAAGGAUGCCUGGUGGCAGAGAUACUGAAGACAUGGAGGUGGAUGGUGAUCCAUUUGGGUCCUUCACUACUUUUAGUAUGAAUGGUUUUCCAAGGGAAAGGAAUACAGUUGGUAGCCAAUUACGUCGUAAACAAGAUCCCCCUGUAAUCCAUGAACUUAAAGUGUCACUGGAAGAGAUCUAUCAUGGCUGCACAAAAAGGAUGAGAAUUUCACGUAAAAGGCUUAACCCAGAUGGUAGAAGUGUCCGAACAGAGGACAAAAUUCUUACUAUUGAGAUAAAAAGAGGAUGGAAAGAAGGCACCAAAAUCACUUUUCCAAAAGAAGGCGAUGAAACACCUAACACAAUUCCAGCUGAUAUUGUUUUCAUCAUUAAAGAUAAACCUCAUUCUCACUUCAAGAGAGAUGGAUCAAAUAUUAUCUAUCCUGUUAAGAUCAGCCUAAGGGAGGCUUUGUGUGGCAGCUCUAUCAAUGUGCCGACGAUAGAAGGAAGAACCAUACCCAUGACAGUAAAUGAAGUUGUAAAGCCUGGGAUGAGAAGAAGAAUUAUAGGAUAUGGUUUGCCGUUUCCCAAAAAUCCUGACCAACGUGGAGACUUAAUUAUAGAGUUUGAAGUAAUUUUUCCAGAUAACAUUUCUCCAGCAUCAAAAGAAGUACUUAGGCGAAAUCUUCCAGUUUCAUAAAAUGAAGACUGUGUAUGUCAGCUGUUUAAAUAGGACACUGGAAAUACAGAAGACUGGCAAGUCUGUGCUUUGAAAGUGCAAUCUGUAACAACUAAUGGAAUAUUUGUUUCUUUGUUUUGUGGGAUGGGUGGGGGGGGAAAUACUGUAAUGCUGCAUGAGAAAAAAAGGGUUAACUACAAGUCAUAGAGGUGACUUCUGCAGUAAAAUUUAGAGGGAUAACCACUCAUUUUAUUUUACAUCUUCUUAAUCAGAAAAGUUUAUUCAUUAUUUUGCCUAAUGAAAGUCAGUGCAUAUUUCUGAUACAGUACUUGAGUCUUCAAGUACUUUUUCUUAUAUCCCCUACCAUAUCUAUAGCUUUACCCAUUUAUACAGAAAUAAUAGGAAGUAUUAGAAGUGCACAAAUGUAUAAAUAUUUUAAAAGGCAAAACAUGGAAGAUACAAUUUUGGUACGUUGUCUUCCACUGCACAAACCAUAGGCUGGGAAAAUCAGCUAGGGCUCCUGAACUCUCCCCCAGUGGAAUUAAACAAUUUUUUUAUUGCCCCAGAAUGUGAGGACUGCACCAAGAGUCUUAGUAAAGGGCAUGUGGCUUGAGGAACAAGAGUUGCCAUUUGAUAUGGGGAUAGUUCUUCAGCCUUCAGGCAGAACAGCAAGAGAGGAUUCUACAAGUACAUUAACAGCAAAUGGUGAGUGUGCUGUUGAACGGGGCACAGAAACUGGUGACAGAUGACGUGGAGAAGGCUGGGGUACUCACUCAGUACCUUCUUUGCAUCAGCCUCUGCCAAUAAACCAGUUCUCCAGGUGUUCCAGGCCUGUGAGAAUGGCACCUUGGUGGUAGAGGACCAGACUGAAGGGCAAUUAAACUGGAAGUCCAUGAACCUGUGAGGUUGCACUCCUGGUGCUGAGGGAGCUGGCUAAUGCCAUUGCAGAGCCACUCUUAAUUAUCUUUAAAUGGUCAUGGAGGUCUGGAGCUGUUCCAGUAGUCUGGAAAAGAGCAAAUAUCAUUCCUAUUUUUAAGAAAAAAAAAAAAGUUUGGGGAGCUACAGGCCACUCAGCUACACUUUAUUCCUUGGGAAAGGUGAUGGUGAAAAUCCCUUGGAAAGCAUUUCUAAGGACAUGAAGGACAAGAAGGUGAUCAGAAGUAAUCAGCAUAGAUUUACAGUAGGGAAAUUGUGCUUAACCAACCUCACAUCCACUAGCUUUGUGGAUGACAGGAGAAUGUGUUGUUUACCUUGACUUCAGUAGACAACUGACAAAGUACAGGUUAGAAAUAAAUGAACUUACAUGAGCAGGUCUAGCACAGACCCAUGUAUGAGUCUGUGAGAGUUGGAGCUCUUCAGCCUGGGGAAGAAAAAGGCCUGGGGAGGAAUUACCACUGCAUAUAAAUAGCUGAUGGGAGGGAAUGAAGACGAGGAAGCCAGACUGUCCUUAGUAACUCAGUGACAGGACUCGGAAGUAAACAUAGGAUUCCAUCUGAACACAAAGAAACACCUUUUUACUGUGAGAGUGGUCAGAGACUGGAACAAUUUGCCCUGAGAGGUUGAGAAAUCACCAUCCCUGGGUAUACUUAAAACCUGACUGGAUGUGGUCCUGGGCAGCCUGCUUUAGCUGACCAUGCUUGGGCAGGGGUGUUGUACCAUGUAAUCCCAAGAGGUUCCUUCUAGCCUAAAUGAGUCCAUGAGAUUUGAGUUAGCACUUUUCACUAGACAGUGCUGUGGACUAUGUUCUGCAAAUGAAUCUUAUCCUAGAGAUGGAUGAUACUGAUGUGACAGCUUGAAUCCCUAGGGAGCAGGUCCACACUUAAGUGUAAAGGUGCAGAAAGAACACCAUAAAAUCAUAUGGCUAAUGCAGGUAUUUAAAGAUCAUGAUGACGUUAGGUAUGCAUUAUUUUCAAAGGCUGAACUUCACUCCCAUGCAGAAGGAAAAGCCCAGGUCCUAGCUAAAGUAAAGUUUGCUUAAUACACAAAAUAGGAUAGGGGUUGCCCAUAAACUUUCAUAUGCCUAAACUGAGUAAUUUUUAAAAUACAAAUAGGAGUUACUUGUCUUUAGCCUUUUGAUGAUCGUAGAGGUUUGUUUUCCAACCUUAAUGAUUCUGUGAUGCUAGAGUUAAAAGGUGCAUAGAGAAAUGGAGAGCCCUCUGAAAUAAUCUAGUUUUAUAGUAGAGUAAAUAGGGCUGGUUCCCUUGAUUGCAGCAUACUGGUGAGGGAAAUGCCUUGCAGGCAUGCUUUAUUACUUGAGUUUAAAACCAUUAAUACAGUGCUUUAACAAUACUUUCAAAGGGGUUUUUUGUUUUGAUUUGUUUUUUCUCAAGAAAAUAUGUAAGAUUGCUGAUAGCCUUUUGCCUAUGGAAAUGUAGUAGUUACCUGCUAAUAGGUAGCUUAAGAAAUAGCAGUGUUAUCUUCACAUAAGUGACUGUCUGCAGGAAAAGUAAAUCAUAUGGAAGCUGGGAUUUAAUUUACACUGACUUGUUAAUAAGCACAAGAAGAAUCCCAUAUCUCAAAAUAAUAGAACUUCUGGGAGAUACUGUUCAAGUCAGUUUUUCAACUGCAGAUCUCUUCAUACAGUGUCAUUAGUUGUAACCCUAAAUCUACAAGAAACUAAACAUUUGCUGGAGCAGUAUCACAAAGGGAAAAAAUUGCUGCUUAAUGCUUCUGUAUAUUGUUAAUGCUAUAUAUUGUUCAAAAAAUUCCCAUUUCAGUAUUUUCCGUAUUGCAUUUCUUAUGUGGUUUAUAAGUAAAAAGUGUAAAGUUGGUUUUUAACUUUCUUUUAUCUUUUGUUAUGAUGGCAGAUGCUGUAAGUUACACAACUUUGAAAGCUUAUUAUCCUAAAAUACCUGCUUGUCAGUUUAAAAGCUAAUGGAAUUGAGCAUUUUGUAAUCCAGGAUCUUGUAACCAUAGUCCAACUUGUAAAAGAAAAUAAAAAUGCAGCCACUAAGACUAUUUUUUUGUAACCACCUUCAGGUAGCAGGAAUAGUGUUAAAUUGAGGAAUUGCAGUAUUUUGUGUAUUUAGAGGUAUAUAUAUAUAUGUAUAGCAAUCUAAACUUUUCCAGCUGUUUUCAUGCUCAAAAUACAGAGCUAUAGGACUGGUAUGAAAUGCUUGUAUUUCUUUUCUUAUGGAGCAGUAACAAAGUAUAUGUUUCAGAAAAUAGCAUGUGGAAUUAGUUUGAAAUAUGAGAGAGGACAUUAAUAACUAAUCCAGGAUUCACAAAAAUUAAUAUUUUUCUAUUAAAAAUGUGCUUAAAAGAUGUGUUUAAAAAAACUAUUUGAUUAUUUAAUAAAGGCUGUUUUGGAGAAGGAGGCAAGUAUUUUGACAGCUAUCAUAUCUAACUACUGAAAUACAUGGAAAGAAAAUGAUCAUUCAUGAAGUGGGGACAAGAAGGAUAUUUUGGUCUCCUGAAGGUUGCUUAGGUUCGAUAAAGUAAAAGUCAUGGUUACUUUGGAGAAUUUGAUUAAAUAAGUCUGUGAAAA